GUUUCAAAACUGUUGACAGUUUCUCAUUAGCUUGAACCAGUUCGCGCGUUUUUUUGACAUUCGCAAAGUUAACCUGUUUGUUUUUUUGUAACGACACUAUCUUUGUGAAAUUGUGUUAAAAAGCUUUAUUUCGUGUGUAGUUUUGUGGUAUUUGUAGUUCAUUAAGUGAAAUAAUAAUGAGUUCUCCAGCCCCCGAUACACCGUCAGAGCGAGAUGGAGCACGGUCCAGAAUGACGUCACCAGCACGCGACUAUGAAAUGUUUGAAGAUGAGAGUGCUAUCCUUGGAGACAACCCUGAGGAGGAAGAAGAUGAUGGAGAGGAACUUUUCAAUGAUAACAUGGAAGCUGAUUACCGGCCCAUGCCAGCGUUAGAUCGGUAUGAUGCGGAGGACUUGGAUGAAGAGGACUAUGACCCCAUGUCAAUACAAGACCGUGUAGCUGCUGAACAAGAAUUGAGGAGGAGGGACAGGGAAGAGGGUCGCAACCGAAGAGAUGAUCGCGACUUGUUGUAUGAUGAAUCAGAUGAAGAAAGUACGGGUGCUCCGCGGGCGAAGCGCCGUCGUGCUGCUGAGAAAGCUGCUAUGGGUACUGAUGAACAAGUGGAAGAGGGAAUUGAGAGUAUUGAGAACUUGGAGGAUACAAAAGGAUACACCACCAAGGAGUGGGUCUCUAUGCUGGGACCGAGGACUGAAAUUGCUAACAGGUUCAAGAACUUCCUCCGCACUUACACAAACAGUAAAGGCCAGUUCGUAUAUAAGGAACGUAUCCGUCGCAUGUGUGAACACAAUCAGGCGUCUUUCCAUGUAGAGUUCGAUGUACUGGCUCGACGAGAACAAGUGUUGGCCUACUUCUUACCUGAAGCUCCAUUCCAGAUGUUACAGAUUUUCGAUGAGGUAGCAAAAGACAUAGUGCUACAAAUAUUUCCGAGCUACGAGCGAGUCACUUCAGAGAUCCACGUACGCAUCUCAGACCUUCCACUCAUAGAAGAACUUAGAACAUUCCGGAAGCUUCAUUUGAAUCAGCUGGUCAGAACAGUGGGAGUAAUAACUGCGACUACAGGAGUCCUACCUCAAUUGUCUGUAGUAAAAUACGACUGUAAUAGGUGUGGGUAUAUUCUGGGCCCAUUUGUACAGACUCAAAAUUCUGAAGUCAGGCCCGGAUCUUGUCCGGAGUGUCAAAGCGCUGGACCUUUUAUGGUGAACAUGGAACAAACAGUGUACCGCAAUUACCAGAAGGUCACAAUUCAAGAGUCACCCGGCCGUAUCCCCGCCGGUCGUAUCCCAAGAAGCAAGGACUGUAUACUAUUGGCAGAUCUCUGUGAUAGGUGCAAACCUGGUGAUGAAGUGGAUCUCACUGGAAUCUACACUAAUAAUUAUGAUGGUUCCCUUAAUACUGAACAGGGCUUCCCAGUAUUCGCAACAGUGAUCAUAGCCAACUACAUUGUAGUAAAAGACUGCAAGCACAUCGUGGAAUCUCUAACGGACGAGGAUGUGGCCAAUAUUGUCAAGUUGUCCAAGGAUCCGCGCAUUGGAGAGAGAAUUGUGCAAAGUAUUGCUCCGUCAAUAUACGGACAUGAUUAUAUUAAGAGGGGGCUUGCUCUAGCGCUUUUUGGAGGAGAACCGAAGAAUCCAGGUGAUAAGCACAAAGUCAGAGGAGAUAUCAAUGUCCUUAUAUGUGGUGACCCGGGUACUGCCAAAUCGCAAUUCUUGAAGUACACAGAAAAGAUUGCACCAAGAGCAAUUUUCACGACGGGCCAGGGUGCCAGUGCAGUCGGUCUUACGGCUUAUGUAAGGAAGAAUCCUACUACCAGAGAUUGGACAUUAGAAGCCGGUGCGUUAGUACUAGCAGAUCGUGGAGUGUGCCUUAUCGAUGAGUUUGACAAAAUGAACGACGCGGACCGCACCUCCAUACACGAGGCCAUGGAACAACAGUCUAUAUCCAUCUCCAAAGCUGGUAUCGUGACGUCACUGCAUGCUAGAUGUUCAAUAAUAGCCGCGUCCAAUCCCAUAGGCGGUCGUUACGACGCCUCGCUAACAUUCUCUGAGAAUGUCAACUUGUCUGAACCGAUUCUCUCUCGUUUUGACGUCCUCUGUGUAGUUAGAGACGAAGCAGAUCCUAUGCAAGACGCUCAUCUAGCUAAAUUCGUAGUAUCCUCCCACAUCCGCCACCACCCUACACAGCGCGGCACUGCCCUUGAAGACAGCAACACUCCCGACCCUGAGUUCGUACUGCAGCAGGAUCUGCUCAAGAAGUACAUUGUCUAUGCCAGGGAGAAUGUUCAUCCUAAACUACAGAACAUGGAUCAAGACAAAGUGGCGAAGAUGUACAGUCAACUGCGACAAGAAUCUUUGGCUACGGGCAGCUUGCCGAUCACAGUCCGACAUAUCGAAUCUGUGAUCCGUAUGAGCGAGGCUCACGCCCGAAUGCACUUACGUCCGCAAGUAUCAGAAGAAGACGUCAACAUGGCCAUACGUACCAUGCUGGAGAGCUUCGUCGAGACACAGAAAUACAGCGUCAUGAGGGCUAUGAGACAGACAUUCCAAAAAUACUUAUCAUACAAGAAGGAUCACAGCGAGCUCCUCUAUUACAUUCUACGUCAACUAACAAUGGACCAAUUGGCCUACAUGAGAGGCUUGCACAAUCAUUCCCAAUCUACUAUUGAAAUAUCAGAGAGGGACCUUCUAGAACGAGCCCGGCAGAUCAACAUCAGUGAUUUGAAACCAUUCUAUGACAGCAGGAUCUUCAAAAUGAACAGUUUCACUUAUGAUGCGAAGAGGAAGGUUAUAGUACAUGUCUUGCCCGAUACGCCGUCUAGUGCAGCUUCAUAAGUUUUGUUUUUAAGGUACCUAA